UGCAUGCCAGAGGAGAGAAACAAAGGAACCAUGUUCAAGCCUGUAAACAUUGAUGAGAUCAUGUCCAGAUACAAGCCCAUUGCACCCAAGCCUCAGCUCUUGUUUGAAAGCCACCCAAAUGACCAAAACACCCACCAAUCUCCUACCAUCUCCCCUCCUAGAACUAGGGCCGGUAGGCCCAGGAAGAGAGGCAAAACUGUCAAUUCAACCUUCACCCCCAAAAACCCAGAACCCCAUUUCAAGAAAUUCUCUCCUUAUGCUUCUUCUCUUCUAAAAAACACCCAUCAUGACCCACCUCCGUACAGUUUUGGACAUGGCAUCCCAGGGUCUGGGCUUCAUGAGAGCCCAACAAGCAGUUGUGGAGGUUUGGUUGCACUGCCUCUUCCUCCAUACGCAUGUUCUAAUAUGGAAGCUAUGAUCUUGAAUUGUAGGUCUGAGACUCCACAGGAAAAGGACUUACUGCACAAACUACAGACACACCUUUCGGGUCCAGACAAUUCGGGAUGUGGGACCCUCGUCACGCCUCAGCCCGUGAGGCCUGUUGGCUCGAGCAUCAGCGUCGAAUGCAUUAGUGGAAGCCCGAGUAUUGGUUUCAUACCACCUGUUUCCAAGAGACCGGAGGAAGUCGAGGAAGAGGUCGAAUCGGACGCGUUGCCUUCCAUUGUUUCAGAUUCAAACAACAGGGUUCGGCUCGUUAAUUCAGCUUACAAGGAGUUGGUGGGCCAGCCCGAAUGCCCAUGGCUCGAUUCGAUGGUUGGCGAAGAUGGAACAUCAAGGACAGGGCCGAAGAGGAUUUGUGGGGAGGUGGCGUUAGUUCUUUCGGACUCGAUGGAGGUGCCAAUUUCAUCUAAUGGAUUUUCAUGCAGGGUGAAGAUUGAGUGGGCCAGCAAUGGCCAUAAGAUCUUCAUCAAUGCUCCUUGUGAUGUGGUCAGACUCUCAUGUGAAUCCAAGGGCUACCUAUUCACAUGGAAGUUCCACACUAACUUCUAAAAGCUUAUGAUCCCAGUGUCUCCAGUCUAUAGAUAGAUAAAUGUU